UUCUAAGCCAAACAACGCCCAGUACUGUUAGGGUUAAAAGGAUAGGCAACAGUGUGGCAUUAAAUUGUAAAAUGGACACAGUGCCUCAUCAUAACAGGCAUUUUGAUAGGACUACCCAUAUGUGACCCACUCUGCAACAAGGUGUGUUAACUCAUGCAAUGCAAAAAUGCGUAAUGGCCCAUUCCACGUGUUGAGGGUGAAAACAUUUGGAACUAUUUUGAGGCCAAUUGCUUGACCAGAAAAGAAAGGAAAAGAAAAGACCUGCUAAGAAAAACCAAGAGAGUGUCUAAUUUAAGUUUUAAUGUUUCUGUUUUCCUCCCAUGCACAUCCGUGAAACUGAAUCAUUAGACUCGUUCAAGAUUGCACCGAAGAGCUUUCUUUAUUCACAAGCCUUUGAUCAGUAAUUGGAUUUUUAUACAUGUACUAGAAACAACUAGGCAUUUUGAAACAUUGUGGAAAGCGCAUUAUAAAUGUUGUCAGUUAUAGUUAGUUAUGUUUGAAGGGCAAUAUCUCACAAAGUACGUGAUAAAAUGAAAUUAUAUGAAUAUACACAUGGCAAAUAACUCCAAAAUGCAAAAUGCCACUGGGAUGAAUUAUAUAUCAAAUGAAAACUCGGGAUGUGAGCAAUUUGAGUGCAUAACUCAAAUUCAAAAAAAUGUGACAUAAUACACAUUUUUGCAGAGCCAGUCACAUACACAUACAUGGAAGAAUUGGAAGAGGGAAGUGUCUCCCACAUCCCAAAAUAUACCAUACAUGUAGACAUUGAUAUUUGCAAUCUUUUUCCAACAGCAAUGUCGUCAUUACCUGUGCAGGUUUCCAGUAAAUUGUCUUGUAUUUAAGAAAUACAGGUAAUUCUCAAAGGAACCCCCAAAAUAAACUCAUAGUUGACCUUUGCACCAAGUGUCAUUAAACAUGUCUGCACAAUUUCUUUUCUCAGGCAAAAUUUGUUUCCCCUACAAUCUCUACAUAUAUAUGUGUAUAAGUCCACCAGUCUUUCUGUUGGUGUGUUUGUGAUUAAGUUCUAGUCACGAUUGUUCAUUUUUUUAUCCAUACUUCUGCCUUGCGUGGCUGGCUGUCUGUCUGGCUGUCUGUCUGGCUGUCUGUCUCUCAUCCUUCAGUCUUUUUUGUCAUGUGUUUUGUUUUUCUUUGACUGUCCCACUUUCUGUGCACAUUAUCAUUUUGGUUUUUGUCUUUCCACCUUGUGUUUUGCCGGAUAGCCCUCCUAUGGUUUGGACUGAAAAAAUUCCUUCACAAAAUCUUCCCACUUGUGUAGCAUGCUGGCGUGGGAAGGUUGAUAGAUACAACCCAAGCAGAGAUCUGUCCAAGAUCUUUAAAAAGUCCAACGGAAUUUUGAACGAGUUUAGAGGACUUCUGAAAGUGGAGCAUGGACACGUUUUACAAUAAGGCUUGACUCUCCAUAACAUAAAGUCUAUUUGCUAUUGGAGCUUGGACCACUUUACGAUUUGGAGGUUUUAGGAAGGUCGUGAAUAAGAUGUGAAAUACACUGUAGUUGUGCUCAAAAUAUUUGUCCAUACCCUGCAAAGUUCUUUUGAAGUGUCCGUCACUACAAAUAAGACAAUGAUAAGCACCGAGUACACCUUUUUUUCCCAUUUCAAAAUAAAUUCAAAGUUUGAAACAUAUUGUAGGCCUCAGUAUUGUGUUUAUGUGAGCAGUGAAAAACCCCAACUUGCAAAUGUGCACAUAGUUAGCUAAGAAGUAUUGAAAAAAAAAAUCUGGAUUGAUUGUAAUUUUUGAAAUAUGUGCAUUGCCUUUGUAUGCUUGCCUAAUCAUUCCAUCCUGACCCGUUUUCUCACUGUUUUGUCCAUUGUCACUGCUCUUGCUGUCUGUUUGAUGUUGUGUUUUCCUUGUGUUAGUCAGUGUAUCUGCACCCUUGCAUGGGUCUCUUGUUUUCCGUUCCAUUCUUUUCCCUUAACUCUUGACCCUGCUAGCACAUUUGAGUACGUGCGUGACGCCGAAGAAGCCAUGUACGGAUUGGAUCGCACCCGCUUCUUCGGACGGGAGCUGGAUAUUCAGUUUGCUGAGGGAGACCGAAAGUCUCCUGGCCAAAUGAGAAGUCGAGAUCUCUACAGACGGCGGCGCCGUUCAUACAGCCGCAGUCCCGACUAUGACAGACGCUCACGCAGUCGGAGCCCCUACCGUCGAUACAGCCCCUACAAGCGCUCAAAGAGCAGGAGCCCAUACCGCAGUCGCCGUUCCCGCAGCAGGACACGGUCCCGCAGCCGCUCCCCAGAAAAGUACAAAAGGCGACGCAGGCGACGAUCCUACAGCAGAUCUCGUUCUCGCUCAGUCUCACGAAGCCGAAGUCGCUGAGGCAGAGUUUGCCAUGGAGGAAGGCACCGCUGUCAAUAACUUGUACAUGUCUGUUAUAUUCCCCUUUUUUCUGUUUUCAUGAAAGUGAACAUGCAAGAACCGUCAUCUGCAUUUUCCCCGUUUGCUUUUUUCUAAGUGUUAGAGGUCAGUCUGUGCUGUUACGCCAGUUUAAACAAUUGUAGAAAUUUUACACAAGAAGUACCAGUUUCACUGCGUGCACUGUUAUUGUCGUUAGCCUUGCACUUGUUAAAUCAUGCGGAUUUAAGAAGUUACCUUGUAUUUGUGGGCAAUCGAGUUCCAACAUGGAAUGAAAAAAAAAGUAACCUGUUUGUAGUUCAGUCCCUCUUCGGGAAUUUGUUUUUAAGCUCAAAGAAAGUGCCAUCCAGUUAAAUUGGUUUUUAUGAGAAAAGAAAUAGGUUUGAAAUCCUGCAUAGCAUUUUAUAAUGAUAAUGUUUGCCACAGGACCAGAUUUCUAUCAGCCCUGCCCAUCCAUGCGUAUUUUUCAUUUUUGUAUUGCUUUAGUUUUGCUUUAACCAUUUCAUUUUUUUCCCUCACCGCUGUUGAAGAGUGAGCCUUUUUUCAUUGUCCUAGUUUAUAAACAGGUAUUGUUGGAAAUUGAUUUCAAGCUUUUCUUUAUUCUUCCUUGACCUUGAAGAUUAAAUUACUUGCCCACUGCUUUGAAAAAAAUAAUAACCACCCUUGUUUAUUGGGAAGCAAAAAGGCUGCAUCUGAAAUUCCGUUUUACUACCAUCUGAUGAAAACAAAGUCCAUUAAGAAUGUUCAAAACAGAGUUCAUAUUAAUUUAAAAAAAGCAUAAUUGCUUUGUAAAGACACAAACACAAAGUUAAUACGGGCGCAUACAUUAUGGAAAUCACUGCUAGGUAUGAUAGUAAGUUUGAAGUACAUGUACUACUACUGUUUUUACGAAAAACACAUCUGUUUACUUUCGUACUGUUUAAAGGGGAAGAACACAGCGAUAAUGUCCACUUUAAGUAAAGCGAUCGACCAUGAUACAUGUAAGUUAAUGAUUGUAUUGCACUGCAUUCGUGUUUUUUUUAAGUGUGGCAACAUGUAGUAAUUUCAUUAGCACUAUAGUAAUGUCUUAGCGCUGUUUAAAGUUUGGUUUGGAUACAGUUUUUACAGCCAUUAAAAUGUUUCUUUGAGAGUUCCA